GGCAGGCGCUGGCAGGCGGCGUGCGCUCCCUGUGCAGUCCAGAGAAGAGCGCGCGGGAGUGGGAGGCUCCGGAGGAGUCGCCGCCGUUUGCUGCUACUGGUCCUGACAGCCGCUACUGAGGGCGCCUACGCAGGCAGGGGGGCUGCAAGCGCACUCCGACGGAGGCAGAGCCGCGCCGCUGGGGUCCCUCGCCCUUGCUCCAGGGCUGCCGCCGAAGUUAUCCGAGGCUUAGCUGGGGAGGGAGGGCGCGUCGAGAAGCCGCAAGCAACAAGUCCGUCUGCUGCUGCUCCGUCGAGGAAGGGGGCGGGGGGUGUCUCUCCUCAGCACACCUGGGGCAGGUCGGCAGCCACGCGCUGUGGGAUCUUCCAUCUCGUUGCUUUGACCCUCCUUCCGCGCCGGCUUGGAUGGCUGUUUCCAGGGUCCUUGCAUUUCAGCCUGGGGUGCAAGUCACCUUUGCACACUGAAAAAAAAAUAAUUAUCAGAAAGGUGCAUUUUGUUUCGAGGCUGCUGUCUGGCGUUUUUUCUUCCUGUCUUGGUGGGAAAGCGACCCUCUCUUGGCUAACUUGCUCCUUCACGCAAGAGGAGAGGGAGGAAACUUAGCUGCUCUCCCCCCACCCCGAAUGACAGCAUGGUGGGGAAAACAAGCCAGGAAGCCAAGGGUCAGGAUGCCAACAGCGAGGCCAGCUGCUCUGGAAGCCAGCGCUGCUGCUGGGGCAGGACUGCGCCCUCCAGCUGGCUGCUGACUGCCUUCCUCUUCUCGGUGGCGUCUGUGGCUUGCUGUGUGUAUCUGGGGAUGAAGACCAACGACCUUCAGGCCAGAGUCUUGGCCAUGGAGAUGGCCCAAGGGGACUUGUCGGCUGCGGCUGCUGCUUCCUACCAGCUGCUGCCCAGCUAUUCUCUGGAUCAGCUGAAUUCAUGGAUGCAGGAAAAGGUGGAGCGACUUCUGGCUCAGAAGUCCUAUGAGCAUAUGGCCAAAAUCAGAAUAGCAAGAGAAGUUCCUCCAGAAUGCAACUGUCCACCAGGUCCUCCUGGUAAACGAGGUAAGCGUGGAAGAAGAGGAGAGAUUGGACCCCCUGGUCAACCAGGGCGGAAUGGCUACCCGGGUCCAAUUGGUAUGGAUGGAAAGCUGGGUCAGCCUGGUCUUCAAGGCCCACCUGGUCCAAAAGGGGAGAAGGGAGAUCAAGGUGAUCAGGGCCCUCGGAUGGUGUUUCCUAAAAUCAAUCAUGGGUUUCUCUCUGCUGAUCAGCAGCUCAUUAAACGCCGCCUCAUUAAGGGAGACCAAGGACAAGCUGGGCCCCCUGGGCCUCCUGGACCUCCAGGACCAAGGGGCCCUCCUGGCGAUACUGGGAAGGAUGGCCCCCGAGGAAUACCUGGUGUGUCGGGAGAGUCAGGAAAACCAGGGGAACCAGGCUUGAUGGGACCUGAGGGGCCUCCAGGACAAAAGGGCUCUUUUGGUGCACCUGGUGUUCCAGGAAUGGAUGGACAUCAGGGUGAACCUGGUGUAAUGGGAGAGAGAGGACUUCCUGGGCUUAAGGGUGACCCUGGACAUCGUGGAGAAAGGGGUGAUCCAGGAGAAGCUGGGCCGAAAGGCAGUGCAGGAGAAAAGGGUGAUCCUGGAUCUUCAGCUGCAGGAAUAAAGGGAGAACCUGGAGUGUCAGGUCGAUCGGGCCAAAAGGGUGAACCUGGACUCCCUGGGCUUCCUGGACUCCCUGGAAUUAAGGGUGAACCAGGUUUCAUUGGCCCACAGGGAGAACCUGGCUUACCGGGGCUGCCUGGGACAAAGGGUGACAAGGGAGAUACAGGUCCUCCUGAGAAAGGUGAACGAGGUGAACCAGGAGUUCCAGGGCCAAAGGGGAAGUCAGGCGAAUCUGGAGCCAGAGGCCCAAAGGGGUCAAAGGGUGAUCUUGGAGAUAAAGGUGAUUUGGGUGCUAUAGGUCCAAAGGGCCCACCUGGACAAAAAGGCGACCAAGGUUCCACAGAAAUCAUCGACUACAAUGGCAACAUCCAUGAAGCCUUACAGAGGAUUACCACCCUAACUGUCACGGGUCCUCCUGGCCCUCCGGGACCCCAGGGAUUCCAAGGGUCAAAGGGUGAGCCUGGAGCCCCAGGAAUCCCAGGUGCUGAUGGGGAGCAGGGACCUAAAGGCUCAAAGGGGGAUGUGGGUGACCCCGGAAUACUAGGAGAAAAAGGAGGGAUUGGACUUCCAGGAUUGCCAGGAUCCAACGGUAUGAAAGGAGACAAAGGAGAUGUUGGCUUGCCAGGUCCUCAAGGUCCUUCUAUUAUAGGACCACCAGGAUCUCCUGGCCCACAUGGUCCACCAGGGCCUAUGGGACCUCAUGGACUACCAGGUCCAAAGGGUGAACCAGGGUUAAAUGGUCUUAAAGGAUUGAAGGGUGAACCAGGUCACAAGGGUGACAGAGGGCCCCUUGGUCUUCCAGGAGCAUCUGGCUUAGAUGGAAAGCCAGGACCCCGGGGUGUAGAUGGCCCAGUUGGUCCACAUGGUCUUGCAGGUCCAAAAGGAGACAGAGGUGAAAAAGGAGUUUCAGGAGAUCCUGGACCCAGAGGACCAUAUGGUUUGCCUGGCAAAGAUGGAGAACCUGGCCUUGAUGGUUUCCCUGGUCCUCGCGGAGAAAAGGGUGAUGUAGGAGAAAGGGGAGAAAAGGGGGAGAAGGGAAAGAAAGGCAAAAAGGGGCCUAAAGGGGAGAAAGGAGAACAGGGUGCCCCUGGAUUAGAUGCACCUUGCCCGUUGGGGCCAGAUGGGUUACCAAUGCCUGGCUGUUGGCAAAAGUGAUGAAUCUAACUUUGCAAGCAUGAAGUUAUGUAUAUAAAACACUCCACCUCUUGUAUUUAUAGUUGAAAAUGGAACAAUUGAUUUUACAAGUCUGAAAUAUGUUUACACGUAGCUGCUUCUAUUUGUUUGCAGUAUUCCAUGUGUACAUUUAUUCGUCAUGUACAUCUGCAAUCCAGCAAAAUAUAAACUAUGUGAGACGCGUGCAAAACAAGCAUUAAUCUCUCUGCAGAGAUCAGUCACAGACAUAUGAUUUUUUCCUGCAAUUUUACUCCCCCUAUUUUUUUUUACUUGCAUGGACGUUAAGUGCCAUGAACAAGUUUACAUGAAACUUUGACCAAAUACAAGCCCAGUGCUAUGAAAGGUACUGUACCUGAUUGCCAAUGGAAUAUAGUGACGUUGCUUCCAUGUUCACAUUCAUAAACACUUCAUUGGAUUGUAGCUCCAGUAUUUGCUUAGGGUGACUAAAAACAAAAGCAUGACUUGCGUGCCAAAACGGCUUGUGUGUGUGAUCGCUUCAUAUGCUCCAGUGGCUGUUUGCUAUGACUUUCAAUUCAGACACCUGAAUUGUUCUUUUUUUGUCAUCUCAAGGGAGUCACACCAUGGCUUAUUGCAAAAAAAUGAUAAAAAGGAGAUUAGAUGAUGGUUUCCAAUUUGGAAGGGAGUGCUGUUCCUUCUGAAGGUGGAUGGCCUUUCAGUUUUCUGGGUCAUGGAGUCGCCUUUGCCAAAAAGGGUAACACCAGUCCAUCAGCAUCCGUUUGCUUGCACUGCUCACAGUCACAUUGCAUUUGCCUUGGGAGGAUGUCAGCAACAGCGGCUUGUUGACUGUUUGACCAAGAAGAAAAGAAGCAUGAAGAUUUUCUUUGUGAGUAGCUUGGCAAGAGUUGCUGAGAAAUACCAAAUGGAUCAUUUAAUGAUAAGCCCCAGCAUCAACUGGAGGUCAAUGUGACCGUAUUUAAGGAUUGGUGCAGUAUGUGUUUCACAUACUGUAUUUUGGGACUGUAAAGGGGAAAGAAAGUAUUCUCAGAAAAAGACACCAUAAAAUGCCUGCCUCUGGCAAUACGGAACAGAUGGAGAUUUAUGUGGAUUGACAUUUGGAUUUUAGAAGUUCCUGAUUAAAUGACAAACUUUUGUAAGAUUUUGGAAAAUAUAUUUAAUUUAAUGUAUUUCAUGUUUCAGUUCACUAAUCUACAGAUGCUUACGUUUUGAGGAACAGUACUUGUGUUUGGCUUUCUUGAGCAUUAUGGUUUUGGGGGACCGAUGAGGUCUUUACUUCUACAAAGCAAAGAGCUGUUUAUUUUUUUACUUGUACAAGCUUAUUUGAACAUAUAGCUUUCUUUUCUUCUACAAUUACAUGUUUUGAGCAAUCACAGUUGAAAAAAAAUAUGGAGGAGAGAGGAUGAAGAAUGAUUACUAUAUAAUAUUCACUGGAUCUUACAAAAUGUUUCCCCAAAUGUAGACAUUAUUUGCAUCAAGCUUUUAAUUACUAAUUCUUUAAUUUCUAUAUUUUGAACACAUGAAGGUUUUUUGAAUAACAAGUUUAUGUUGUUCACUGUACCUCUGUCCAUUUUUUAAAAAAAAUCAUGGUCUCUGUCAGAGUUGGUUGCUACAUUUGUAUGUUCAUUCAUGAGAAUUUGUUUUUUAUGCCUGACCAAAUAAGAUACGCAUGUAACAAUAAUAAUAACACUAAUAAUAAUGUUUGUAGGAUAAACGUGUCUUUAUCAUGUAAUCAUCAAUUUUGCAUCAAUAAGCAUCAGUUUCUGUAAUAUAUCAUCUUGAAAACAGUGUAAAAGCGAUUACACUACCAAAUAUUAGCUCAAUACUGCCUUAUACCCAUGAGUGAAGAGUAUCUGCCCUAUAAAAAUUAACAUUUUAUUCUUACUUCAAUUUCAUAUUUCAAAAUAUCAAAUCCAUCAUAAAAAAUACUGUAAAAGGUUUUUUUUCAGACCUUAGAAAACCUUUUAAGAAAUGAUUUAAUCCUGAUGCAUUUGAAUUAAAAAAUUUACAAAUAGUUUUGCUAAAUGUCUAAUAGUCUGGAAACAUCAAAAAGCUUAAGGAGCUCAGCAAAAGGGAUGCUUUUUUAUCCCAAUUGCAUGGCUUUUUUAUUGGAAACAACUCCAAGUGCACAGAAAAGCAAGAUAAAUGUUGUUAAAAGUAAACAAGACAAAUCAAAUGAAUGAAAAAUAGAUCUACUUUUAACAGUUCAGACGUGCAAAAUGUAACCUUAGUCUAUGUUAACCCAAUUUCUCUGUAAUUAGAGAUAUGUAUUAUUUCAUCCCGAUAUAUCAGUGAAUGUAUCAGUUUUAAAUCUAGUCCAAAAAGAGCUCUUGCAAAAUGUCUCAUUCAGGAAACUAUGUACCUGUAAACAGAGAAGAACAUUCCAAUAAUUUUAUGGAAAUGUAUUAAUAUUGUGACUUACUACAACUUUUGUGGCUCCAUUUUUGUGUUGGUUUCAUCUGGAGAAGUAUUCCCUAUAAUAUUCAGUGGGGGCAAACCUAUGUUCAUGGACUACAAUUCCCAUCAGCCCCUGCCAGCAUGGGAAUUGCAGUCUAUGAACAUCUGGAGUGCCAUAGGUUCGCCACCACGGGCCCUAUAUGAAUAAACAGAGCCUUGUUUUCCUGCCCAUUGUGCAUGCUCAGGUAGGGCAGUCUGGGAGUGGGUGGUUUGCAUGUCCCAGUCUUGCCUUUCCUCUUCUUUGUUCAACUUAUUCAGCCUCUGGAAUUGAUAGAAUUUGAGCAAGACUAGAUAAGAAUAUA